AACGAAAUCUGCGUACAGCACAAGAUAAUAAAGCCAAAACACAAGAAUCCCUUUCCCCGAAUCCUCUUCAAACCAACAAGACCAGCCCCACUUCUCCGUCCAAACAGUACUCUCAUACAGAGGAGGAAUGAGGGCCUGAUCGAGGGGUCAGCAGGCAGUAAUGGAGAAAGCAGAGCAAGAGUUAGAGCGGAGGAGCAAGUUCUUGAGCAGCUUGAUACAGAGGAAGAAGGCGGUGGAGGAGGAGGAGCAAAAGAAGCAGGAGAAUGAGGUCCUGAAUCUCCGCGUCAGGGCCUCCGACAUGCCCUUAUCGCUUCAGAACAGGGCGUUUAGCUGCGCAAGGAACUGCCUUCACUCCAUGCCUUCUGCCAAGCUUGACAGCAAACGCCUCGCUCUUGCUCUCAAGAAGGAAUUCGACUCGGAAUAUGGUCCAGCUUGGCAUUGCAUCGUGGGGACUAGCUUCGGCUCAUACGUCACGCACUCCCUGGGCGGGUUCUUGUACUUUUCGAUCGAUAAGGUUUACAUUCUUCUAUUUAAGACUGCUGUGAAACCUUUGGAUCAAUGAGCGUCGAGUGCUGAUCUGUUGAUUCCCACGCCCCCGCCCCCCCUGUAAUUUCGAAAAACGUUAGUUGGGGAACUUCUUGUUUGUGUGUUGAAUUUGACAUCUCCAGAAGCUGAAAAAAGCCAGACAUCUAGAAAUGAAAUUUGGAAGCUAAUGCAUACACUAAUGACUAACCUGUCUGAAUUCUAAGGUUUUGUGUAUCUUUGUUUGAAUUCUUAGAUUUUUGGAGUACCAUACUAUGUAUUAGAUUGGUAGAAUUCUUGUGAAUACAUAUUUAAGGUUUUAUGAUUAUUGCUGUCUGUGCUUUCAUUC